CUAUUUCACAUUAAUAACAACCUUACAGUGCUAGGCAGAUCAGACACGGGUUGUUCUGUAUUAAGCAGCUGUUAUAAAGCUAGUUGUGUUUGAUAAAAGUAAUACAGCUAUGAGCAAAACGUUUUUAAUUCACUUGUCAAGCUUGAAUUACAGUCUGUCACUUAGUAUGGCUCACUUUGGUGUGACAUAACAUGUUAAUGAACCAGGCAAUGUUGUGUUAGCUAGCUUGAUAGUUUGCUAGAUGGCUAGCAUUGCUUGUGACUUGCAGGGUGUGAUUGUGUUUUAUUCUUUAUGAUAUCUACAACUAUCCACCGUCGUUACACCUUUCCUUCUAUAGCACUUUAAAUAGAAAAGUACAUUUGUGUUAAACCCUUUCAUGCUGUUCAAAUGUUCCUGUAACCAUGCAUAGUUGAUUUGAUUUAACUCUAGGUUGAUUUUCCAUCACUUUAGAUCCCCUUAAUGGAUUUUCUAUACCAGACGACAUGUGCUAAUAAUAACUCAAUACUAGGGGAAGGAUUUGAUGGGGUGCUUUUGCAUAGAAAUAAUUUAAAAGGCUAUUAAAACAGUAUUUUGGUCAUUUGUCACUCUAUAAUAGAGAAGUAAUAAGGUCAGUAACUACAUUGUUUUCACUGCAAGGCUUACAUUAUGCUGUCAUCUUUAUUAAGACAUCCAACGAAUGGACAGCUUUGUGUUAACCGUGUCUUGUAAUGGUGGAUGCAUGCAUUUAAUCAUGUGCUCUUUAGCCCUUCAGUGCCUCCCUCCAUCAGCAAGCAUGUAAAGGUGUUUCCCUCUAUCUACCUCAUCUGUCAGGUGUACUGAUCAUCAGCAAAAGUACAGUAACUAAAUGGCAUUUUAUUAGAGAUGAAAAGGUUAUGAGAUUAAUUGAUAAACCAACAAAUAUUCUGGUAAGUGACACAUUUUUAGCAGAAAUACCAACAGUUCCCUGCUUCCAGCUACUCGUGUAAAUAUUUGUUAUUCAUUUGUGUCCCUCAAAUUUAUAUCUUUGGAGGUUUGGACUAUUUCCAGUAUGGAUUAACAACCAUACAUUAAAAUGUAACAUGUCCAAGAUAAUAGAGCAGGGUUUAAGCACUGUUGUUUGGACAAAAAGUGACUGUUCCUUGUGUUUUAGUAUAAUGUGAUGAGUAUUUCUAAUGUACAAGUUCUUUUGAAGAUGAGUAGUAAAAAACUACAAUCAUUUGCAGAUCUAUUGUUUUGGAUUAACAUGUCAACAAAAAUGAAACCAGUCAGUUAAUGAACUGAUUGAAAUUUCCAUGAAACAUUAUGGCAUUGUUGAUAUUCCUACACAUACGAGUAAAUAAUUCCUCUUAUUCUAGAGGCUUUAAUGUUUCACAGAAACUUAAGUAAUUUCCCCAUUUUGCUCUUUCAGCGUAUGAAAGUAAAAGAUGCUGAUAGCACAGUUUGACUGCACAGACGCAUGAAAGGUGAAUUAUUCAUGGAGCCUCAUUAGCAUACUGACAUGACUAGUGAACCCCUGCUGCUCUGCCAAUUUCCUGUCAUUUAUUGGCUGUCUUUCUUUGUGCCUGAGGAGAAAUGAAUCUUUGUUCCCUGCUCUUGAGCCAUCUUCAAUACUUCAUGAAAUCAUAUGUUGCUGUCAUGGCGACAUGUGGUGCUAGGGUCCCCGCUGGCAGCCAAAUGUCAUCACUCCCAGUUAUGCAUCAGAUUGUUCAUUCUGUUUUGGCCUAUUUAUCUGGAUGUAGGCUAAUUAAAGACAUUAAGCUCUAGUGUCAUAGAAGAAAGCUUAGUUUUCAGAUUGUGCCAGUCUAAACAGCUUAAUCAAAUGUCAUACAAAACAUGGACUCCAACUGGUUUUCAUCCUGUUGACCCAGCAGUGUUAUGUACAGAAUACUAUACAGCAGGCAAAGUGUUGGAUAAUGUGUCGUCAAAUAGUGGGACGUCUGCAGCCAAGGCAUCACAAAAUCAGUUUUAUUUCCAGCUACAUUAGGAUCAUGAAGGGUAAGAGUUGGUGCAUUAUUAGGUGACAGUAAAUACAUCAUUUUUAGAUUACACAGUAAGAUCUGCAACAGGUGAAUUAUUUAAUUUUCUCCUCUUUGGUAACUUAAGAUUUCAAAAUGAACACUCAGUGAAUAUGCAUGUGUUUCCUUGGCUGUGCAAUAGGGCGACAUUAAACUUUAAACGCAUCAUACCCUCAAAUAUUUAUGACCCCGGUCUGGUGACACGUUGCAGCCUGUGAGUGAGUGAGUGAGGCAGCAGAAAAGAUGCUCCCAGAAACUCAAGAGUCAGGGAGACAGCGAGAGGUCUGCACUGAGACUGCAUGAGGAUAGCACUGCAGGUAUACGCACAUUGGAUGGUAAUCUUGAGCAGCAAUUUGAAUGAAAACAGAGCUUGACUGACAGCAGCUGAUGGAUCCAUCAGUGACUCAAGUACGACAGGCUGCUCCUCCAGGGCUAGAGGAGUACAAUCCCUUCACAGAUACCAAACCAACGCCCGGGGGUAUGGCGCCCAAGACUGCAGCCCCCACCAUCAACACGCAACCCGCCAUCAUGAAACCCACAGAGGAGCCUCCAGCCUACUCACAGUCACAGGAGCAGUCGGGAGCAGCUGCUGAGCUGUUGAGGAGGCAGGAGGAACUGGAGAGGAAGGCUGCCGAGCUGGACCGCAGGGAGAGAGAGAUGCAGUCGCUCAGUGCUUCAGGAGGCAGGAAAAACAACUGGCCUCCCCUCCCAGAGAAGUUCCCCGUCGGUCCCUGUUUCUACCAAGACAUUACAGUGGACAUCCCUGUAGAGUUCCAGAAGACCGUCAAGAUCAUGUACUACCUCUGGAUGUUUCAUACUGGGACGCUGCUUGCUAACCUGGUGGGCUGCCUGGCCUGGUUCUGUGUGGAUGCGUCACGCGGGGUGGACUUUGGCUUGUCUAUCCUCUGGUUCCUGCUCUUCACCCCGUGUUCUUUCGUCUGCUGGUACAGACCACUUUAUGGAGCAUUCAGGAGUGACAGCUCAUUCAAGUUCUUUGCUUUCUUCUUCGUGUACAUCUGUCAGUUUGGCAUCUACGUUCUCCAGUGUAUCGGCAUCACUGGUUGGGGCGCCAGCGGGUGGAUCUCAGCGUUGACCGGCCUGAACCGUAGCAUCCCAGUGGGCAUCAUAAUGAUCCUCAUCGCUGCUCUCUUUACCUCUCUGGCUGUCAUGUCCCUCAUCAUGUUCAAAAAGGUCCAUGGGAUGUACCGUACCACCGGGGCCAGCUUUGAGAAGGCCCAGCAGGAGUUUGCCACCGGUGUCAUGUCCAACAAGACGGUCCAGACGGCCGCUGCUAACGCCACCACCAGGGCUGCACAAGGAGCCUUCAAGGAGCAGAUCUGAUUGGCUUAGAUAGCUUGCUCAUCCCUCCAUCCAUCCCCUUUCCUUCCCUUCUGCUCACACCCAGCUUCCACUGUCCUUGUUUGGACACAUGGAGAGUCCCCCAGCCUUCUGACAAUAUCAAAGUGGAUCAUGUGACGGUGCUACAGUUAGCUUUCCAUGAUCUGUAAUCUCAGUGAUAAAACAACCACUGCAGGCAGGAUCCAAACAGCUCUCAUCACAGACUCUGCACUCCUACCACUCCACCAGCGUGCUCCACUUUAUUUUCUCUGUGUGUGUGUGUGUGUGUGUGUGUGUGUGUGUGUGUGUGUGUGUGUGUGUGUGUGUGUGUGUGUGUGUGUGUGUGUGUGUGUGUGUGUGUGUGUGUGUGUGUGUGUGUGUGUGUGUGUGUGUGUGUGUGUGUGUGUGUGGCCAACUGAAUUGAUGUUUGUGUGCCUCUUUAAAUGUCUGUCUGUCCUCCGUAGACAGAUUCUAAUGUAGCUGAACCAAGUCCGACUUUCUAACGUCACCUUCCACUACAGGUGCUCCCCAGCGUUAUUGGCUUACCAUGCAUCCGAGCCUUACCUUGAUUUAUAAGCCUACUUCCUAUUUGUAAAUUAAUGUAUUACCCGACAAAUCUCUAGCAGCAGCAUGCACUGAUUGGAUCUGCUGUUUUUACAUGAGUAAAUAACUAAUCCCUGCUGCCCCCCCGGUGGACUGACCAUGAAUUGUUGAAGAUGAAUGCCGUGCAUUCCAGUUCACUUCCUUGCCUUCUACUUUCUGCUUGCCUCAGAAUUUGUUUAUAGUGAAGGGUCACCCAAAUUGUACUACUUAAGUAUCAAACAUGCUACUUUGUUGACAGACUUAAGGGCUAAUGUGAUAUUUAUUAUCAAAUAAUAUAUAAACUAAAAACUCUUCAAAUUUGAUCCUUUUUCUCAAGCCGGAAAAACACUUUGCUCCUGAUUGCAUAUCUUAGAGGGGAAAUCCUACCUACUGGGAUGAUCCCCUGACUAAUAUUCUAGUUCCAUUUACAUUUAUUGUUGUUGAAAUAUAUAUGCAAUUAUUAGAUGGAUGGCCAUGACCUUUAGCACAUAUAGUAGCUUCAUGUCCCAUUCCUGAUGAAUAGUAAUCAGUUUAAUCACUUAAAAGGUCAACAUUUACAUUUGUGUAAAACUUCUGUUUAUGAUAACAUUUCUGCAAAUCAAGUGACAUUCCCAUCGAAAUAUUAGCAUGCUAACACGCUAGGCUAACAUGGUAAACAUUAUACCGGCUUAGCAAUAGCCUGCUAGCAUUGUCUUUGUGAGCAUGUUGGCACGCUAAUGUUAGCAUUUAGCACAAACACCGCUACUCUGUAGAGUCCUAGUCUUGUUACUUCAAAAAUGACUGGACUCAUUCAUCAAUAAUUGCCUGUUCUUUGACUAACUGACUAAUAGUUUAAGCUCCAUUACUGUAGACUGAAGACAUUUUAAAAGCCACCUUUCCAGCCAACAACAGUAUUUGAUACUCAAAAGUAUUUUUGGGUGAACUGUCACUUCAAAGUUUGCUUUUGAUCUGCUUCAAAUCUUUUACCUAUAAUGGUAUACAUAUCCAUUGGGAAUUUCGCCAAGUUGCACUUUAAAUCUUUGUCUGCACACUGUAAACUGUGCAAAAGGUAGGAUAUUUAUAAAAAAUGACCUCUCGCCUUCCUGCUCAUUAGUGUCGAUAACUACCAGCUGAGUUCAACAUAGUUCACACAUGAAGCCUACCUAUUCAUGUCCUCUGCUCAGAAAGAAAUCAACUACUGACACUGUUAACAUACAGUACCACUAUCCUGUAUAUACAGAUGCAUGUUUAUACAGUUCUUGUGAAGGGGAAAGUGUAACUCGCCUCCAGCUUUACUUGUGUUCCUGGAGACUUACCUCAGUUUUACUCAGGAUGUGCUCUUUACUUGCAUGUUGAGGUUUAAAAACUAUAGAAUCAAACACUAACUGGACACUGUUUUUAAAGAUAUGUGCUUUAAAUCACUAUGUUGCAAUAAGUAGUACUUAAAAAGAUGAUACAAAUGGGCCAGUAAUGUUGAUGUAAUGCUCUCAUAAUUGCUUGCAUAGUCAUAAUUAGACAAUUGUGGAUUGACGAUCACUGAACUCAAAUCUGAACACUUGCAUAGAUCAUUCAAUUUCCUGGUUAUUUAGACUUUCAAAUGUGUUCUGUCUGCUAAAAUGCGUUUAAAAGUGUCUCUUGCUACGUAAUGUAUGUUUCUUUAGUUGGAGCUGCAAAGCUUUUCCACAGUUUGAAUGUGUCUGAUCUCUUUUGCCUGUUGUGUCUCAUGUUUAAACCAGUCAAGCCUUUGUAUGAAUUUGAUGUGUAGGAGUGUAAAUAGAGGGGAUUUGGCCUUUAAGUCUUAGUCUGUGUGCAGGGCAGAGUCUGGCUGUGGGUCUGUGAUCCUUCUUGAUUUAUUUCAAAGCUUCCUGCAACAUGCCUUGUUUUGCUCUCUGCUCACAUCUUAUCUCUACUCUCCACACUGGCUUGAUUUGAACCAGUGCAUGUGUAUUCCUGAGUACAUUUAUGUACAAAGCAAUGUGAGAUUACUCCUCAAAAACAAUCAAACUGAGUGGCACUUAAAGUAUUUGCUGUUCAUUUUGACUUGCUUAAGAAAACAUGAUAUAUGGCGUUAGAUUGCGAUGUGAACUGUGUGACGUGCUGUAGAUGGGCUGUGGCUUAAGCUUCAUGAUCAACAUGGAUUGUAGUAGAAACACUGACAAUUAAUUUCCAAAGCAUCUCUAACACUAAAAUCCUAAUUAUAUGAUCAAAAAGAAAAUAGAAAGGGAUGUUUGUAUAUUUUGUCACGAGAUGGUCGGCUGUUCGCUCUUGAUUUUGUUGUCAUUUUAAGAUGCACUCUGGUUGAACUUUCAAUCGCAUGUUGAGUAGUUUGAGUUUUGUAUAUUUAUUGUGUUAACACUGAAUUAAACUCUUCUUCUGUA